UUAUUUGUGUACGGAUACUUUAUAUCUAUCAUUCUACUUUCUCUUUCUUUUCUUUUUUUUCCCUUCUUGCUCUAGCUUCAUGACUUUUUAAUUUUCUUACAUAUGCAAGCUUUAUAUAUAGGCUAGCUAGGGUAUUGAAAGGAAGGGCUUGAAGCUAGGUAAAUAAUAUUGGUGGUUAAUUAUAUAAUUAUAUUGGGUCAACGGUGUAUGGCAAUAGGAGCAAGGAUGAUGAACCAAGAAGAUCAAGAGAUAAGAAAUGAAAGGCAGCAAGAAGAUCAUCAGGGUAAUGAUGAGGACGAUCACGAAAACGACAUGGUAAUGCCAGGGUUUCGGUUUCAUCCAACUGAAGAAGAGCUAAUCGAAUUCUACCUUCGACGUAAGGUUGAGGGCAAGCGAUUUAAUGUUGAACUCAUCACUUUUCUUGAUCUUUACCGAUACGACCCGUGGGAACUACCUGCUUUAGCAGCAAUAGGCGAGAAAGAAUGGUUUUUCUAUGUGCCAAGAGAUAGAAAAUACCGCAAUGGUGAUCGACCUAACCGUGUGACCACUUCCGGCUACUGGAAGGCAACCGGAGCUGACAGAAUGAUCAGAACCGAUAACUUAAAAUCCAUCGGGUUGAAAAAAACCCUUGUUUUUUACUCUGGUAAAGCUCCAAAAGGAAUUCGAAGUAGUUGGAUCAUGAACGAAUAUCGAUUACCCCAACACGAAUUCGAAAGAUUACAAAAGCCUGAAAUUUCACUAUGUAGGGUUUACAAACGAACAGGAGUAGAAGAUCGUCCAUGUCUCCCACGUACGCUUCAAACGACUAGAAAUACGUCGAGUUUCAACUGUUUUCAUCAAGGCCAGUCGUCAUCUUCUCACGAUGACAAAGAAAAAAUUAGCGAUUCAAGAGUAGUUGCGAGUGCCAGCAACAUUGUUGCAACUUCCCUCGGCACCCCAACGAGCAGCCCCAUUAUUAACACCUCAUACAACAAUAUCAUAGAGGGCGGUUCGUCGUUAACCAGUUUCCCUAGUAGUAUCAAUAAUCUUCAUACAACAUUAAGCUCAUCUCAUCAAGCUCUAGUAAACAAUUGUCCACCAUCACAACAACUUCUUAAUAUCCAAAAUUAUCAUCAGUUAAUCAAUGUUUCUUCCAACAGCUAUUCUACUCCAAAUAUGUCAGCUAAUAAUAUUUUGUACCCAGAACACGAACAGACGCCCUCAAUGCACGUGAACGCACUUAACGCGCCUAAUCAUCACUUGCCUGGAGCAGUUCAUCAAGGAACAUUUGCUGAGAGACUUUGGGAAUGGAAUUCGAUGGCGAGUACUGAAGGAAGCAAAGAUUUCAUUGACCCUUUCAAGUAAUUUUAAUUUGCCUCCUAUUAUAUAUAGGCUAUACAUAAUUAUAACUUGAUUAAGUUGCAUAUUAGUAUAAACUUGGUAAGAAAAACUUAAUUAUUUCUUAUUGACGACUAUUUGGAAUGAUGGAGAUCAUAUCAUGUUUCACA